GACAAACGAUGCUGUGAGGGAGCCAUGACAUACCCUCAGCCACUCUAUUGUUAAGCAAAGCUUCCUAUGUAAACCCAAACUUCAUCGAACCUCCAAAAACAUAAACCAAAUCAUCAAGACGACUCACUUCCUCAAUCACCUUAGUGCCUCACCCUUUAACAUUCUCAUUCUAAUUUCCCAUCCAACAAAAAAGACUCAGCAAUAAGAAACAAAGAAGAGAAAUCAAAGAAUUCUUUUAAGAAGAAACAAAAAUUGUUUCACAUGCAAAAGGACCUCGUUGAACUCACUAAAGAGAUACAAGAAUGAGAAUGCAGAGCAAAAACAACGAAAGAAGGAAGAAGAAGGAAUUAAAAAUUGUGCAUGCAUACAAGAGAGUAUCACAACACAAACACAAUGAAGCAUCGACAAGCAUAAACAGCCACGCGUUUGUCAGAAAUUUUCCCACACUCGAUUUGUGUAUGGAUAUGCAUACACGGGAAGAGACUCGCCGAAAUUCCAUCACACAGUGUUUAGUCUAACGACAGCACUCAGUGAUAUCAGAAGUGAGGAAAAAAUUGAAAAAUAAAAAUUAAGGAAAAUGACAAAAAUUCCAAGAUCAAUUGACAAUAAUCAAAGGAAAGAAAUGGAUAAUUUGGGAAUUGCAAAUAGCCGUAAAAACAAUUACAAGAGCCAAAAGCCAAUAUUGGAAAAGCGACGACGUGAUCGAAUAAAUGGAAGUUUAGAUGAACUGAAAAAUCUUCUGCUUGUUAUCAAGCAACGAGAUCCACUUCGCUAUGCACGAUUAGAGAAAGCCGACAUUCUCGAGAUGGUUGUGAAAUAUUUGAAAGAUUUAAAGAAGCGUCGUCAAGCCAUGAUUGCCGCAAUGGAACCAACUUUAUUUCGUAGCUUUAAAAUGGGAUAUCUUGAUUGUACGAGAGCCACAAUUGACUUUAUAAAUGAAAUUGAAACGCCUACGGACAGGAAGAAGCAAAUAAUAGAUCACAUUACAUCAGAAUGCAUGUCCUCGCUCAAGAAUCAAUGUCCACCGACAAAUUUCAAUCAACAUCAUGAUAUUGUAUUUUCCAACGUCAAUCCACCGGAGCAUUUUAUGCCAUUUCCAUUGUUAUCGUCAGCACCAGCAUCAUUCGAUAGUAAUCAUGACAUGGAAUGGAUUUCACUCGAAGAACGCUUGGGCUUCUCGCCUAUAGGUAAAUCAAAUUUCAUUUUACCUGAUGUUAAACCAUUGCCCGACAUCAUAUCCGCAUCAUCGAAUGUAAAAGAUAUCAAAUCGUCGCCAAUGGUGUCAUCGACAUUGCUUAAAAUUGUCGAACAACCGGAACGUCAAAGUGCUUUUAACAUUGUCAUCAAUAAGAGUAACCAUAAUAAUAGUUCAAAUACAAUAGAUACAAGCCUUGAAUCGCAAUCGACGUCAGGCACAUCUGUGACAUGCAACGAUGAUAUGCCACAACAAUCUAUUUUCAUAAGUGACAUCAACACAAGUGACGAUGAUGAUGAGGAUGAAGAAAAUGUCGGAAAAUUAAUUAUCGAUGACCACAAUAAUAAUCAAACAGCAUGGAGACCAUGGCUUUAAUGAGAUUAUUGGAUACUAAUUAAUUUUGUAUACUUGAAAGAGCUUUAAAAUUUUGAAUUUUUAAGUUUUCCUAUUGACUCUGUUUUUGGUUUCUUUUCCUAUUUUCAAUUGCAAUGAAAUUUAGAAUUUUAAGAUAGACGAAAGAAAAUAAGUUUAAAAAUUUGUUUGGUUAAAUGAAAUUAUUAUUUUUUGAUAUUAGAGAUAUUAAAAUUGUUUUAAUAAUUAAAG